GACGGCAUUCAACACAGUAUCGUAUGGAGCGAGCAGAAAAUGGACUGGUUCGUGAAUCGUGCAGUGUGUGAGCGACGUCUUCACAGCGACGCCGUGAGUAUGCGUAUGCGUCGGCGGCUCAAGACCUCACACCAGACCCAAAGAAAUUCCCAGCGACAGUCGCACCGUUGAGCAGUUUGCGGUUAGCUUCCGUGGAUUGCAAACUCCCCGCGUCUGCUCACGCUGCUACCCUCCCCUCUAAGCUGUAUCCUCCUCUGUUCGUAGAAGUUGCGGACACUUGCCAUAGUAUCCGCGCAGCGUUUCGUGAGUUGUAGCACCCUUCGCCAUAGAAUCAGUCCUAUCCAUCGGAACAGCUUAGCAACGACCCAGUACGAUUCGAGAUUCCUACAUCCCUUCAGGGUGAAGCCAUUUCGAGAUUCGCUGGAUUCCUCCGGUAAGAGAUUCUACCUGCCUGCCGUUAUCCUAAGCGGUAGGCCGGGAAACGAUCAGUCGGCAUUCAGGAGGCGGUGACGGGCAAUAGUUGCCAGGCAGUACGUUUCGAUACGAACGGCCGUGAUAAGAUGGAAGCGCACGAGAUUAACUCCAUUUUUCACCAUUCUCGUUGCCCGGAUUCCAGCAUCCCCGCUUCUCACGGCGCUACCAGUAGCAGCACCGGCGGCGGCAGCGGUGGCGGCGUUGGUGACGGUCGCAAUGAUAACCGCCGGCCGCCUGCAUUCAACGCACACGAGCCUCAACCAGCGCGCUCCAACGACUCGCGCGACGCUCGCGAACCACCCAUGGGACAUCCCGGUAGUAACGGUGUUACAACUGCCUCUGCCUCGUCGUCGUCCCUUCUCGACCGCCGCAAUCGCCGCUCCCUCGCCCCAUUGGCCACCGGUAGACCCGACACGGCUCGCAGCGCCAGCAGUGCUAACCCUAGCAGCAGCAGCCGAAGCGCUCGGGGUAACGCGCGGCGCGACGGCUCGUCAGCCCCCGUGAAUCACGGCGGGCCGGUUUCCGCAAGAGGCGUCGCGCGCCGCGGUCCAGCCGUCUGGGAGGAGCAGCAGCCGUCAGGUAGCCGGUCGGCGCGGUUCGUAUCCUCCGUCAAUGUUAACGACGAUGACGACGAGCUGCACUACUCUCCGCCGCCCCCCGCGCUCUCUCGAGAACCCCAGGCGCCGCGUCUUAAAAUCUCUAGAUCCCCGAACGAUAGCCCAUCGCCUACUAGCGACGUAAUAACGUCGCCGCGAUCCGCGGCGGGAUUCGCGGCGAGACGGACGGCGAAUUCUCGCGCGAAAAGCGGUCCGUUAGCGGCGCGGAGGAGACUACGACCUGACGUGGCGGUUCGAGACGCGAGAGACCGCCACGUGGCGCCGUACGAUCAGAGCGCGUCGCGAUCCGCCAAGCUGGCGUAUCUAGCGGGGUCGCUUUGGACGCCGACAGGCGCUGCGAGCAGAUCGUUACCGUUGGUGAGCCCGCCAGUGGGCGAUCGCUCGAUUCGUCGCAUGGUCAGUGCGACGAAUGUGCAGGUCGAGCUUUGGCCGAGCGACGCGUCGCCGAAGGUCGUGCGACGGAAGAAGCGAGUGAGCAUCGAUCUGUCGCCCACGACUUUGGACGAACCCGCUCCUUCCCCACUGCCCCUCGCCUCCUCCCAUUCCCACCCCUCCCGCUCCCCAAUCUCCCGCUCCCCGCCCCAACCCGCCAUUUGCCCCGCCACCUCCGCCGGUACAUCCGCCGCUGCAGCCGUUUCCUCAUCGGCGCACCGCACGCGCAAUGCGCAUUCCUCGUCAUUGUCCGUCGAUCUGACUUCUCCGCGGUACAAUAGUAGCUCCAAUAGUAGUCUUAAUAGCCACCGUCCGACUAAGAGCCACGGAUGCUGCGUGGGAAGCAACGACCGUCGUACACUGCCCUCACCUCGCCCCCUGCUCUCCCCUCCGCUUCCGCUCCCCCCGUCCAACGGGAUUUCCGGCCCAAGCCCGCGCAGUGCCCGCUCCCCGUCCGCCCGGCCCUCAUCUUCCGCCCUCCCUUCCCCCUCGUCGAAAUCCGGCGGAGGGGGCAGCGGAGGCGGAGGCAGGAGCGGUGGCGCCAGCGGCGGGGGGGGCGGGGGAAGCUGCGGGAGCAGGGGAAGUGGGGGGGGCGGGGAAAGGAGGGGGGGAAAGGGGGAGCGGCCGUGGCAGGCGGAGAUUAACCCCUCCCCGACGACUCCGCUGCAGCUGAAGCUGAGCCCAUCCGCGGGGGAAGAGGGAAGCGAUGGGGGGAUGGCGGGGCGGAGCGACGCGCGGGUGGUGGCGGAGAGGCGCACUGGCGGAGUGCUGGAGGCACCGCGGGAAGGCUUUUCCGCCACUUGCUCCUCCGCGGGUUCGCUUUCCGCCGUUACUUGUAGCGGAGACGGUGGGGCUAAAUGCGCUGGCGUUCCUCCCAACUCCAAAUCGUUUCUGCCCGUUUCCGUUGCUCCGCUUGACGAGAGCUUGUUUGAGGUAGAGGAGGAGGAGGAGGAGGAGGAGGAGGAAGAGGAGAGUGGGGGGGAAGAAGUGGGGGCGGAGGAAGGCGAGGAUGGGGAGGUAGCAGAGGAGAAUGAGGGGGGAAGCGGGGGGAGGGGUGACGGGAAUCGGAUGGAUGAAGCGAGGGGUGAGAAGAGGGAGAAGCAGAGGGGGGAGGAGAGAAGCGAGCAGAGGGGGGAGGAGAGAAGGGAGCAGAGGGGUGAGGCGGCAGGGGAGGGGGAGGGCGAGAGAGACCAAGGGCAUGCUUCCGUUGCGUCCGCUUCUAUGGCGGCUGCUGCUACUGCAGCUGAAGCUACAACAGCAAUUGAAGCUGCUCCCAGCGUACCUCCGCAUUGCUUGAGGCCGGCCUCGGUGACUUUCCCACCCCCCUCCGCCUCCUCCUCCUCCGCCGCUCUCCACCGCAUCCACGCCCUCAACCUCCUCUCCUCCCUCCACACCUUGGCCCGUCCUUCCCCCCCUUACACCAUCACUACUGAUGCCUCCGCCACUGCCACCGCCACCAUCUCCACCACCGCCACUAGCGCCACCACUGCCACCAGCGCUACGAGUACGAAACCUGGUAAGCGCGGGAGCAAGUCAGGCCCGCUGACCUUCCGCCCCUCCUCUUCCUCCAGGGACUCGUCUUCCGCUUCCUCCCCCUUCGCCGCCCUGCCCGCCCUGCCCGCCCUGCCGCGCAUCGUCAGCAGCGCCAACAGCGUCGGCAGCAGCGGCAACAGCAGCGGCAGCAGCCUGUCAAGGGACAGCAGCACCAGCGAGAGCGCCUGUGACGCGCUGCCCCCUGCUGCCGCUUUUCCAGGGAGCCGAAGCGAGCCUGCUGCUGCCGAACCUGCUGCUGCCGUACCUGCUGCUGCCGAACCUGCUGCUGCCGUACCUGCUGCUGCCGAACCUGCUGCUUCCGUACGUUAUGCCUCUUCAACAUCCGUGCCUGCUGCCGCACCUGCGCACGGCAAGCACGAGCACCACCGGUCCUCGCGCUUCCUCUCCUCCGCCUCGGGAAAGCUCGCCUCGUUCCUUCAACGGCUGCCCCGGAAGCUCCACCUCCUGCCGUCCGCGCAUGGCCCUCCCGCGCUCGGCCCAGCCGCGCAUGCACCCACCCCUAGCGUGUGCCUCACUCCCCGCCAGCUGCUCCAGCCCCUGCCCACCGCCCCCUGGUCCGUUGACCCCGUGAGAGACAAGCUGCCAGGGAAGCGGAUUGGGGAGCGGGAGAGGAAAACGCAGGAGGAAGAAGAGGAGGGGGAGGAGGAGCAGAAGCACAGAGUGCUGCAGAGUUUGACCCAAGCGCGAGAGCAGAGCAGGGGCAGCAGCGAGUGUCACCGCAAUGCGGUUACCAGCACGGACGUCAGCAGGUGCAGUGACACGCGGACAGCGAGCAGAGAGGGAGGCACCCACAGCCCUGCCGGGUGCAGCAGCAGGAAGAGCAGCAGCCAAGCAAGCACCCACACAAGCACCCACGCAAGCACCCAGGCCAGUACCUUCAGCAGCAAGGGGAGCAGCAGGGCGAGCAGCAGGGCAAGCAGCAAGGCAAGCACACCGGGCGUAAGUCCCCGGGCCAAGGCGAGCUCGCCAAAGGAAGCCACUGGCAUUCCCACGGCAUCACCGCCACCUGCUUGCACUGCUGUCGAUGCUGCGCGAAUCACCACCGCUUCUGACGCUCCCAAAAGCACCAGUGCGACCGCUGGUAUUCCCAAGACUAACACGGCCACUGCUAUCCUCAAGGGCUCUCACUCGGGUCUGAGCCGGGCGGCGGAUCAUAUCUUAGGGCAGGCGUACGAGGACGUGAGCGAGAGAUACGCGGUGGAGGGGCGGCAGCUGGGCAGCGGGCAGUAUGGCGUGAUUCGGCAGUGUGUGGAGGAGGGCACCAGGCAGGCGUAUGCGUGCAAGACGAUCGACAAGAGGAAAAUCAAGACCCAAGCACAAGCCCGUGACCUACGCAGUGAGGUGGCAACCCUGCAGCUGUUGCACGGCCACCCGUCCGUGAUCGCCCUCAUCGACGCUGUCGAGGACGCCCACCACGUGCACCUCCUCAUGGAGCUCUGCUCGGGCGGCGAUCUCUUCGACCGGGUCUCGCUGGGCGGCACGCUGAGCGAGCAGUGCGCGGCCGGCGUGUGUCGGCAGCUAGCGGAGGCGCUGCUGCACUGCCACCGACGGGGGGUCGUGCACCGAGACAUCAAGCCGGAAAAUAUCCUCCUGGUGGGGGGGAGAGGGGGGGAGGCGGGAGGGGAGGGAGGAGGAGGAAAGGGAAGGGAGGGCUACAGAGGUCAAAACACCAAGGCUCCUCGCAUCAAGCUCGUGGACUUCGGCAUCGCGACUUUCUUCAGGGAGGGCGAGAAGAUGCGGGACUGCCUGGGCACGCCCGAGUACAUGGCGCCUGAGCUCCUGCUGGGAUCCUACGGCCCGGAAGUGGACGUGUGGAGCGCGGGCGUGGUGACUUACGUUGCCAUCUGCGGGCAUCCGCCCUUCUGGGCGUCGGCGUCCAUGGGGCAGACGCUGCAGGAGGCGAUUCUGACUAGAGAUGUGACGUUUGCCACGCCCGGGUGGGCGGGCGUGUCGGGCGACUGCAAGGAGCUUAUAAGGAGGAUGCUGCAGAAGAACCCAAGGAAGAGGAUCACUCUGUUGGAGGUGCUUGGCCACCCCUGGAUACGCAGCAGUGAGAGCAGCAAAUAGGCCGAAUCAGAAUCACAGGAGCUGGUGGGUUUAUGAAUGAAGUCCAAGUGCCAAGCUUGAAAAUUAUCAUUCUUCUGCUCUAUGAUUCAGAUGUACGAAUAACUGUCAAACAUGUGUAUUUGUUGUGUUUGUAUAGACUGUAUAGGGUCACCUCCUAGAGGGUACAACACUUAGGUAUAUUUGUGUGUACUAUCCAGGGCCUCAGAUUCGUUUUGGGGCACGCUGAUUGCUCAGGCUCCCCCCCCUCUAGCUCCCUGUUUUUUCAGGCCUUGCAAAAAAAAUUUACG